UUUUUUAGCGCCAUCUGCUCGCGGCGCCGCCUCCCGCUCCUCCCGCCGCCGUCGCCGCCGCCCUGAGUCACUGCCUGCGCAGCUCCGGCCGCCCGGCUCCGCGUCCGAGCCUCCUGGAACGGUAUUUGGAGUUCUUACAAGAUGGCAGACGUUGACAACAAAGAACAGUCUGAACUUGAUCAAGAUUUGGAAGAUGUUGAAGAAGUAGAAGAAGAAGAAACGGGUGAAGAAACAAAAAUCAAAGCACGUCAGCUAACUGUUCAGAUGAUGCAGAAUCCUCAGAUUCUUGCAGCUCUUCAGGAAAGACUUGAUGGUCUGGUAGACACACCAACAGGAUACAUUGAAAGCUUGCCUAAGGUAGUCAAAAGACGAGUGAAUGCUCUCAAGAACCUUCAAGUUAAAUGUGCACAGAUAGAGGCCAAGUUCUAUGAGGAAGUUCAUGAUCUCGAGAGGAAGUAUGCUGUUCUCUAUCAGCCUUUAUUUGAUAAGCGAUUUGAGAUCAUUAAUGCAAUCUAUGAACCUACAGAAGAAGAAUGUGAAUGGAAAGCAGAUGAGGAAGAGGAAGUUUCGGAGGAGCUGAAAGAAAAGGCCAAGAUAGAAGAUGAGAAGAAGGAUGAAGAAAAAGAAGACCCUAAAGGGAUUCCUGAAUUUUGGUUGACAGUGUUUAAGAAUGUGGAUUUGCUCAGUGAUAUGGUUCAGGAACAUGAUGAACCUAUUCUGAAGCACUUGAAAGAUAUUAAAGUGAAGUUCUCGGAUGCUGGCCAGCCUAUGAGUUUUAUCUUAGAAUUUCACUUUGAACCCAAUGAAUAUUUCACAAAUGAAGUGUUAACAAAGACUUACAGGAUGAGGUCAGAACCAGAUGAUUCUGAUCCCUUUUCUUUUGACGGACCAGAAAUUAUGGGUUGUACAGGGUGCCAGAUAGAUUGGAAAAAAGGAAAGAAUGUUACUUUGAAAACUAUUAAGAAGAAGCAGAAACACAAGGGACGUGGGACAGUUCGUACUGUGACUAAAACAGUUUCCAAUGAUUCUUUCUUUAAUUUUUUUGCUCCUCCUGAAGUUCCCGAAAAUGGAGAUCUGGAUGAUGACGCUGAGGCGAUACUGGCUGCGGACUUUGAAAUUGGUCACUUUUUACGUGAGCGUAUAAUCCCCAGAUCAGUGUUGUACUUCACUGGAGAAGCCAUUGAGGACGAUGACGAUGAUUAUGAUGAAGAAGGUGAAGAAGCGGAUGAGGAAGGGGAAGAAGAAGGCGAUGAGGAAAACGAUCCAGACUAUGACCCAAAGAAGGAUCAAAACCCAGCCGAGUGCAAGCAGCAGUGAGCAGUGACUGGCCUUGAGGACGGCCUCCCUGUAAUAGCCUAAACAUGACCCAUUUACUUACAGCCUUAUGGUUUUGUAUUUUCUUGGUAGAAUCAGUAAGUUUUUAAGGGAAAGGAAAUUGAUGUUUUAAAAACCAAUUUGUUCUACCUAGCAUCCUAACUCUAGCUCUGUCAGAUACGUUAAUGCAUACAUCCUCUCUAAUGCAUGUUCAUCUACUGCUGCAGUUUGGCUCCUCUGGAAUAUCUUCAUCAUGUAGCUACUGGAAACCAACUGCUGAUCAUACAGGAGUAGCUGUGUCUUUCCUAAAGAACCAAAGUUGUUUUUAGCUGGCAGAACAGGUUGAGGUCCACCUGCAUUAGCUGUGCUUUCCGUUCUGUUGUUAGAGGGAUGCACACAGCACAGCAUCAUUUGAGGAAGGAAAAUUGUGGUUAAGAAUUUCCAGUAAGAUCAAACUUAGUAACUGAGAUUAUUAAGGCAUUUUUCUAUUUUUGAUGACAUAACAAAAGUCAACUCAUGCUUAUAGCGAGGUGAGCAAACCCUAGGUUCUUUUGGGGAGUUAAUUGAUAGUAUUUAAUGUACUUUGAGAAUUAACCUCCGUUAAUUAAAUCUUUUCUUUGUGGUAGGCCAACCUUCUGCUUUCCUGGAAAAGAUGACUAUACAUCAUUUGAACCUAUUUUGAGUUUUUCUGUUGUUUGCCUAUUUUUGUUUUUAUAGUCUAAAAAAUAAAAAUGUGACAGUUUUAGCUCUCUUGGGAUGCUGUCUCAGUUUGUGCUGAUUGAGGCUAUUGCAGAGGGUUAGUUGGAAUUCAGGGGUGCCUAGUUUUCUACAUUGAACAACAUAGGAGGAGGUGAUACACAUGUACUUUAAAAAAAGUGAUGUGCUGUAGUUUUGAACAGAAAGGUGAAUUGCGCUUGUUAGAACUGAAUACCUUUGGACUCUGUUUAUUCUGUUCGUCCUCAGUACGGAGGAUGACGGGUGAGCCAUGCUGGUUACUGUCCAUAACUAAGGAUGGGUAGUAGUGUUGAUUGAACUACCUCAGCUCCGUUAAGGCAUAUUGGGGUAAAUCUCACACACAAACUCUCAGUCGUACAAAAUGCUCAAAAAAAUUGGGCCUCUAUACCAUGAGUGUGACGUUCAGCAUUCUAUUCACACCAAGCUUUGAUGAUUAAACUGGAGAAUGAAGUUUCAACACUUCCCUUCUAGAUCUGAGCCUGUGGCUCCCAUUUUAGUGGGAAUGAAUGAAAGUGGUGUGUGAUUUCAAGAGACUGAAGGGUUUUGGGUUUCUUGAGGUUAGCUUUUUAUACCCCCCUUCAGAUAUUUCAAGUGACUGCAUUGUAAUAACUCUUGAGAUGGUGAUGAGGCAGGGGAGGAUGGCAUUUAAGUUUCAGACCACUGAGAGCCACAUUUAAAAUACCUCAGGCUAAUUACUGUUCACUUUGGGGGAAGAAAUGUUUUGACAGGGUAUAUUAAUUGGAUUGUACUUGGGAAAGUUCCUGCUGUUAAUAAAAUUUACAUUGAGGAAAAAAAUUUUUGGAGAUGAUAGUUCUUUUGUGAGAUUUUAGUAUUAAGCUCUUAGAAUGUGAGGUCAUUCUAUAGCUGACAUCUUCCUGAGAUUUUUAACUACUGGAAAUCCUUAACCAAUUAUAUUUUCUUUAUUUUGAAAAUGAUUUGGUUGCUUUUUCUUAGAUGGUUUCUGCUAUUUUCUGUAAUCAUAGUUUGUCUAAACACAGCCUAUUUUCUUGAACAUUAAAGUUUAUAACCUAAAGAUAGGAUCUGUUUUUCAGUGAUCUUUCAGACUAGCACAGGCUUCCCUUCCUGCUUGUAGGAAGGAGCUGUUGCCAAAGUGAAGAGGGAGCUGGCUCUUGUUGUGUAUGGGAGAGCGCUGUGUGGAGCUUCAGGGGUCAGUGUUUAUUCCGACAUCUGUCAGUCCCCAAAUGGUCUUCUCCUCUAGAAGUCUGAAAUAUGUAAUCUGAAAUCCUUAAUAAAAUUGGAUCUAAUUUUAUAAAA